AUGGUGCCGGCAAUGGCGUCCCGCCGGGCCGUCCUCGUCAUGGUCGUCGCCGUCGCGGCGGCGUCGUCCGUUGCAGCCGACGAUCCGGACUACAGUUACGUGUCGGGGGCCAAGCUGGGCCCGGAGAACUGGGCCAAGCUGAGCCCCAAGUACAGCGCCUGCAACGGCGGCGCUGCGGCGAGGAAGCAGUCCCCCAUCGACAUCGUCACCAAGAGCGCCGUCCCCAAGCCCGACCUCGACCCCCUCACCCGCACCUACGUCGCCACCGACGCCACCCUCAUCAACAACGGCAAAGAAAUCUCGAUGACGUUCAACGGUAAGCCUGGCGGCGUGACCAUCGGCGGCAAGGCCUUCAGCCUCAAGAAGCUCCGGUGGAAGACGCCCUCGGAGCACACCAUCAACGGCAAGAGGCACCCGGUCGAGGUCCAGCUCGUCCACGAGAGCGACGCCGGCUCCGGCGAGCUCGCCAUCAUCGCCAUCCUCUACAAGGUCGGCGCCCCGGACUCCUUCUACUUCCAGCUCAAGCGGAAGCUGGCGGAGCUGGCGGCCGACCGGUGCAGCUACGGCGAGCAGGACGCGCGCGUGGCGGCCGGCCUGGUGCACCUGCGCUCGCUGGAGAAGCGGACGGGGAGCUACUUCCGGUACAUGGGCUCCCUCACGGCGCCGCCGUGCGCCGAGAACGUCUACUGGAACGUGCUGGGCAAGGUGAGGCAGAUGACCAAGGAGCAGAUCGACCUCGUCACCGCGCCGCUGCCGGCCGCCGCCAAGCAGAACGCCCGGCCGGUGCAGCCGCUCAACGGCAGAGUCGUCACCUUCUACAACCCGCCCAACAGUACCAUCUCCUUCGACAUAUGA